UUUUUUUUUGCUCCGCAAUCUUUCGCAUCAACGAACGUACUGUUCAGACGUCCUGCGAAAGACACAAUGGCCCCCAAGUCGAAGGAAGUAAUCACCUCGGACAGCGAGAGCAGUCGCUCCAGCUCUCCUGAAGUGUCGAAGGAAGCGGAGGUUUCGAGUUCGGAAUCCGAGACCAGCGACAGCGAUAAUGACAGCGUUGCCUCCGAAACGCAGGACAAGAAAAAGUCCUCUAAGGUCUCCUUCCAGGCACCUCAACCCUACCGGGCACCCUCUGGUUUCAAAGCCGCGAAGAAGCAGUCGCCCCCCUCAUCCAGCACUACCUCCCUUCUUUCCGAUCUGCGCGGCAAACAAGUCUAUCACAUCACCGCUCCUGCGUUCCUGCCUCUGUCUAAGGUGAAGGAGAUCUCACUGGGCAAAGUCAUGAAGGGCGAGCCAGUCAUGAAGCACGAAGGUGUGCAGUACGGAAUUCCAGCGGAGAGUAUAACCCAGAGCGAUGUGGGCGGAAAGGCCCUUCUUUUGUACGACUCGAAAUCUCAAACAUAUUACACUACAUCGACAAAGGAUAUCCGGAGCUAUCAUGUCCAAGAGUUGAUCAACCUUCCUGAAAGAUCUGAGGAAAAUGACACGGUGCUGGAAGCAGCCAAGGAACAGAUCAAGCCGCCAAGGAAGCAGCCCAAGCACCUCAAGAUGCGUUUCCGACCCGUUGGCAGCGAGCAGGUACCACCGGAGACCCUUGGAAGCAGUUCCGAGGAGUCGGAGGGGGAGCAGCCCACGUUCAAGGUGCCCAAGGAAUCGCGCAAAGAGAAGGAAGAUAAGAAGCGAAAGCACCAUCAGACAGAUGGGGAAGGUAGCCAGCCCAGUGCUGAGCCGCGGAAGAAAUCCAAGAAAGAGGACGGAGUAGAGAAGGCCGAGAAGUCGAAGAAGUCGAGUAAGAGCAAGGAAGAGAAGAAGCGCAAGAAAUCCGACAAGUCUGCUUGAGGUUGAUUCUGUGAAUCAUGAUUGCGCUUGUUUCCUUUCUCACCAAAAGUUAAAUGGUAUUUGCUAUGCAUGAAGGCGUGAUGAUACCUGCAAUGGCCUCCUCGAGCUUACGGUUUUCUUUAUUACCUCUGUUUUCUUCUAUUCUUCUCCCUGUUAGCCCUGCAGCAUCUGUACAUAAGGACGAAAUGUAGAAUUUCUGUUGUUCGAGUAUUAGGUCUGGUAAACUGGUCCUAGAACGUAUGUAUCUUUAAGGGCUCGAGAGACCACCAUAUAUAAGGGGUGGAAGAGAAACGAAAAACUUCGGUCUAGUGCUUGGCAAAUAUAUAUAGUGUUAUGACUGUUGAAAUGUUUCCAUGGAUAACCAUGUCCGUAGAAGGAGCACC